UAUCUAUACAUACUCGUAUAUGUGUAUGUAUAGUAUUAUUUUUUGAUCUAUCAAUAUGGUCUGUAACAAGUUUGACUCCGACAUAGAUAUGAUGUUGCGUCCGGUCUCAUACAGUAACUUGUUUGAGCAUGAUGGCGGCGCCCAAUAUACCAACACCAACGAGAUACGACGAAGCACUUUUGUAUUCGUUGAGUCGUUGGCGCUUUUGUCGAUUGAUAUUGUUGGUAUUGGUGGUGGUCGCUACUCAGCCGCUACCGUUGCUGUCACCGAUAACGUUGGCAUAUUGUUGUUCUGCUGCUUUCGUGAAAGAAGGUGGUAUGCGCCGCAUAUUUCGCAAAAAUACUUAAAAGACAAACGAAUAUUUUAUCGACGCGAACUGUUAAAUAAUGGUGAAGCAAAGUGGAUUAAAUAAAAUUGUUUUUGAGUGCUGAUAAUACACAUAUAUCUAAUGAAAUAGAUGAUUCAAAAUAUGAGAUAGAAAAAAGAGAAUUAGCAGCCAUUUAUUCCAAAGUGUAUUGUCAUGAUUUAACACGGUUUAGUUUCCGAAAAAGCCGAAUGCAAUGCAAUUGUAAGAUAAAGAUACAAAAAUUGAAUCGGCGAAAUACGAAAAGUAUUUCAAAAAAGUAAAUAUGCAUAAGUAAAUAGACACAUACUACAUAAAUAAAUAAAUAAAAACAACUGCGACAAUAAAUAAAUAAAAUCAGAGUAAAAGCAUUUGCAACACAAGUUUUUGGAAGUAAAGCUUGCGAGCGGUACAAGUUAAGGGGUGGAGGAAUUCAGAUAGCGACUGGGUCGCCUCAUUUGUUUGUAUUCGUGUUCGUCGCCUUGCCCCUGUGAUGCCUCACAACAUCUGAGCUGAACGCGGUGUCGAUAUUUGCGAGUCGCGACGACAAAUAGACGAGACAAAAGUCUGCCUCUGCGUCUCCAAUAUACUUUUGGGUGUAUUUUCUAAUCAGCAACAACAGCAAAUAAAAAAGCAAUUGCAGAAACAACGACGCAGGGCAAAAACUGAAGCAGAAGAAGAAACGAAGCGACUGAAAAUCGAACUGGGAGAGUAAAACACGCGCCAGCAAACACUACGGCCAACGCUACCGGCCACAACCACACCAACGUACAAGUUGCGUAGUCUCACAGCAUUACAGUCGCAGUGUUUGCAGCUGCGCUCUUUGGGGCCACUCAACGUCGUGCCCACGUUGGCGUGCUCUCUCGUUUGCACAUUAUUGUAUUAGUGUAGCAGUGACAGAAAUAAGAACAUAUGGAAGUUUCUUAGGCACAACAACAACAGGUAGUGUAGCUCACGUCGUGUGCGAGAGCAACUUGUGUUCGGCACGAAACCAAAUUAAUGAAAGCUGAAGAGCAGUAGUGGCAGCAGCAGCAGCAGCAGCAGAAGCAGCAGAAGCAGUAGUCAAAUCCAGUUGAAUUUUUGACAUUUCAGCCUCAGAGCGCCGCGUUUUGGUCAUCAGUCGAACGGUCAGUCGCGAGGUCGUUUGUUUGGCGCAUUAUUCUACAUGCGCACAUUAUCUUGAUACACACAGAUAUCUAUAACGCAUAGAUAUAUGUAAUACGCAUACCUCCAUUCUUAUACACACAAGCGCACAACAUAUGGAGAUGCGCCUGUAAGCUCAACGGAAGUAUCGCCCAAACGAACAGUGAAUUGUGUAGUGAUGUGAAUUUGCAGUUUAUGUAAAAAUGCUAUGAUUUAUUUAUCUUCUAAGUUUGUCGAAAAUUUUAAGAAUUGAAGGUUUUGAUGAGCGGAAAAGCAUUUGCGAAAGUGAUAAAUAUUUAAUUGAAAUUGCGGGUUAACUUCUGAUUAUAUUCUGAGUAAUCGGCGAUGUUAUGUGAAGAAGUUGGGCAAAAGAAAAGAAAAAAUCAAAAUAAAACAUGAAAAUUAAUGAAAUUUUUCUAAUUUUUGCCGUGCCUGUGAGUUUAAAAAUAACUGCACAGUUUUUUAAUUCUUUGUUUUUAUUUGUUGUCGGUGCUGAUUUUGAAAUUCCGUCGCUGCCAAAACCGGGCUGUGUGCGAAGUGCUCAAAGCAAAUAAAACAAAGCAAGAAGCAAGAAGCAAGAGAAACAAGUAGGCUGGGGGGCGGAGAGUGGAGCAGUGGAAGGGAAGAGUUCUUUGCGUUGCAUGUCGCUAUUGUUUUUGUAAAAGCACGAGUACGAAAUGCCGUCGGAAUUGUGCGCGAAAAUAAUUGAAGCUGCGACAAAAUAGAAGAAGUGCAGUGUAAAAUUUAGAAAUUUAAAAAUUUAACAUAACAGCACUAUAAACGCUCGCAAAUAUUAAAGUAAAAAUUAUAAAAAGUGUGUGAAUGGAACGGAUAACGUGCCAAAUUGUUGAAUAAAAAAAAUAGAUCAAAAUAAAUUAUCUACAUAGUGAGAAAAGUGCGCAUAAAUCUCAAAAAUUUAAGGCACAUCCAAUUCACAUAUCCAAAUAAUAAAUGAAAAUACCUUUCUGCUGAAGCUCUAUAUUAUAAUAUUAUUACUCAGGUCAAUUGCCAUUGAGUUUUGUGAACAGAGCGGCGAUUUUUAUUAGCGCGCUAAGAUUGCCGCCCUCUCCACCACCUUCGGCAGAAGGGAGUGGCCAAUAAAAGGACAAGGAAAAAAAUGACUGAGUACGUUACGCCAAAUAUACACACAGUGUUGAAAAAGUAUCAAACAAGUGCACCAAAAAGUUUACAGGGCCCUGGCCAUGCGCUGAGCGCCGCCGGCUGCCCAACCGGCUCUAACUGCCCGCUUGACGCCACUUUGACUGGCGUGAGUGGCAGCGGCGGCAGCAAUACUGAACUGAAUAUUGUGGGCGCUCGCAAUCUUUGUACCGGUCACCUCUCGGUCGGGAUUCUACCGCCAAACGGCCUAGCAAGCGGUAGCAACAAGUUAUCGCCGCACUGCCCGCUCAUAGCCUCGUCAUCACCAUCUUGCUCAAAAUCCCCAAAUUCGGGUUCAGCAUUGCCACCGGCCGUUCCGCUUAUUAAGAAGGAGGUGCUGAGUUCACCCGAGCCACAUGAACUGGGUGAGACAUUGCCACCACAAACGCUGCUGCUGCCCUUGUCGAUGUCGUCACAAACAACACAAUCUCAAUCCCAAACAACUCCUCCUCAGCCUCCCCUAACUACGGUGAAAAUUGUACCCCCUCCACCGCCGGAAUUGUCACAACCUAUCUUUACUGCGCCAGACUCUGGUUCCGGGGUAUUAUACGAAACGCGGCUUGAGGGUAAAACAAUUGGCUGCUUCUCGCUGGGCGGGGAGAUGCGUUUGUGUCUGCCGCAGUUUCUUAACAAUGUGCUCGCCGACUUUACACUCGACCAAAUUAACCGCAUAUUCGAUGAAUUGGGUAUCUAUUGUUCACAGUGUACACCUGAUCAGCUAUUGGAAUUUAAAACAGCAAAGAUUUUACCACCGGACGUGAAGGCGUCCGGCUUGAUAACACGGACUGAUGCUGAGCGUUUGUGUGCCGCACUUUUGCAUCGAGCUGAUCGGAAUAGUUACAUUAGCGAUGACGAUAUACCGAAAGGUGCCAUCUCCUUCAAAGUAUACCACCGCUGUUUCGGAAAGUGUGACGGCAUUUGCACGCCCGAUUUGUAUUCUUACAAUAAGCCAACUUGCAUUAUGUGCUUGGAGUGUAAAGGUUGGUUCUCACCACAGAAGUUUGUAGGCCAUGUACAUCGGGAAGUUGAAAAUCGUACUUGCCAUUGGGGAUUCGAUUCGCGAAAUUGGCAUGACUAUCUGCAUGUGGCGUUAGAUGUCGAGAACCGUGAAAAAUAUCAAAAGAUACUGGACGAGCUGAAGGAAGUCGAGAUCAAGGAGGCGCUAAAAGCACAAAACGAAAUACUCUACAUGAAAAGAAAGGUAGGAUAAUAAAUUGCAUGAAAUAAGGCCAGCUUGCCGAUGUGAGUAAAAUAUGGAAAAAUGUAUACAUAUUCGCACUAAUUAUGUACAUAUGUAUAUAUAUGCAGUUUAGUCAAAUAUCUCGGCACCGGGCCAGGGUCUCAGUGUGUUGCUGACAAGCAAUGGCGAUCAGUAAAACAGGGAUGUUACCUAGACGAGCUUACUGAUACUACUCGAUACCCAGGAUAUUUGAGGUGGAAGUAUUUCAAUAUUUUCUUCAAACCACAGGUUAUAUUUACCACUCUUAUUUUUCUAUCCAUUGAACAUUAAAAAGUUAUCAGAGGCUAUGCCCGUUUGUAUCAUAAAACAUAUUUGUUUACCGAAGUAUAGUAUACCUAUACAU